GAUCCGAGAUAGUUCGAGUAAUGCCCUCAUAUAGCUCGCAAGUCUCGCAAUGCGUACAUGUCUGUGUAAUUAAUUAUAAUUAAUAAUCAGUGUCUUAUGAUAGAUCGAGUUUUAUUGAGGAUUGUUGCAGCAGUAAGAACGAACAAGAUGAAGGUGCUUCUGUGUGUCACUGUCGCCGUGCUGGUGUGUGGAGCGUUCGCCAAGAACAAGAAGAGCGAAGAUAAUAAAGUGAAAAUAGCGCUGUACUACGAAAGCUUGUGCCCCGACAGCAAAAGAUUCAUCACGGAGCAGCUGGCCCCCGUGUGGCGGGACUUCAAAGGCUCCGUCAAAGUCAAACUUGUGCCAUAUGGCAAGAGCACGCACGACAAGGUGAACGGCAAAUGGCAGUUUAACUGCCACCACGGCCCUGAUGAGUGCUACGGUAACAAGGUCCAAGCUUGCAUCCUGAAGGACAAGGUCCUGGCCGACACGGAGAAGAUGGAUUUGGUCAUCUGCCUCAUGGGACAGGCCAGCCCUGACAAGUCGCUCGACACGUGUCUAGAGAAGAUAAGCAAGCUAUCAGAGUCGACCAAGCUGAAACAGUGCGCGAGCGGCACUCAAGGAGACAACCUGCUCGCUGGUUACGGAGACAAGACUGAUGGCGUACAGCGACCUCUGGCGUUCGUGCCCACCAUCGUGGUUAACGAGAAAUUCAGCCAAGAAAACCAGGAUGCGGCUUUCACCAACCUGAAGUCCGUGAUCUGCCGCGUCGCCACCGGCACCAAACCUUCCGCCUGCUAACACUUCAUACAAACAUACAUACAUACAAACUUCAUACAUACCUAUACACAUUGAUCUAAUAUUACUAUGUAGAACCGGUACAGAGAACCAGUAUUUUGCGCCAUGAGUUGUUGUUUUAACAAACCCUAGAACCGGCGUGGAGAGCGUGAAUCUCGCGACCUAGCGCCACUUGCACCAUUCCACUAACCCCGGGUUAACCGGUUAAACCUGGAGUUAACAUGGUUACCAGUACAAUGUAACACUAAGUUAACGGUUUAACCGCUUAACCUCGGGUUAGUGGGAUGGUGCAAGUGGCCCCUAAACACGUAAGCGCCAUGAACUUUACGUAGUUUACGACGUUUAGGUCGCACGGUACAGGUUACGAUUAC